UUUCAGCUGUUUUGAUUUUCCAGGUGUAACCUCGAUUUCUUUGUUACCAGUUUUAAAAUUUCGGUUACUGUGAAAUGCGUCGUGUUUUAUGUUUACUUGUGGUUUUGAGUGUGUUAUCCCGAACUCUUGGUAACCAUGGAAAGAAUAAAAAGGAUAACGGUGACGAUGCUGUUAAUGUCGCAGGAGAUGAAGAUGAUGACAUAGCAGGAGAUAAAGCAAAUGGUGAAGAUGAUGCCAUAGCAGGAGAUAAAGCAAAUGUUGAAGAUGAUGUCCUAGCAGGAGAUAAAGCAAAUGGUGAAGAUGAUGUCAUAGCAGGAGAUAAAGCAAAUGGUGAAGAUGAUACCAUAGCAGAAGAUAAAGCAAAUGGUGAAGAUGAUGCCAUAGCAAAAGAUGAAGCAAAAAGUGAAGAUGAUGCCAUAGCAGGAGAUAAAAUAAAUGGUGAAGAUGAUGCCAUAGCAAGAGAUAAAGCAAAUAGUGAAGAUGAUGUCAUAGCAGGAGAUAAAGCAAAUGGUGAAGAUGAUACCAUAGCAAAAGAUGAAGCAGAUAAUGUGAAUGACAUAAAAGAAGAUGACGCAGAUAAUGUGAAUGACAUAAAAGAAGAUGACGCAGAUAAUGUGAAUGACAUAGCAGAAGACGAGGAUGGAAUGGCUGAGCUUUACUAUGGCAAUCCUUUAGUUGAUGCGGGAGGUUACCAAAAUAACGUCUACGGCUACGCCGGUGGAGAAGCAAGCACCGCAGCGUCCUCCCUGCCGUCCAUAACAUUGCCCACGGGGAGCACUGCAACUGGCUCUGCCUUCACGGCCACCGGCUCGAUCAGUUUCAGUCCUGUAUCCAGUACUGUAACCAGUUUUGGUACUGUGUCUGGUACUGUGUCUGGUACCACUUCUGGUACUGCAUCUGGUACCGUUUCCGGUACUCCAUCCGGUACUGCAUCUGGUACUGCAUCUGGUACCGUGUCUGGUACUACAUCUGGUAGCCCUUUCACCGGGACUUCUUUCCCUUCUAUUUUUGCUACUUUACCUUCUGGUUCUAGUUCAAGUCCGUCAGGUCCUACUGCUGCAACUACCACACCCACUGGACCUACAGCUUGCUGGCUGCAACUUCAAAAUAAACAGUGGAUCUGGAACACAUAUCUCACACAUUACAACGGUAAUUUACAGUGCGGAGGAUGGGUAAGACUUCCUAAUUGUCACUGGCAUUGGACUGAUCAACCCCAACACUACCGUCCAGUAGUUUGCUACGAUUGGAUCUGGGAUAAUAACUCUGGCGGGGGUGGCGGCGGUAGCGGUGGUGGUGGUGGCGGUGGUGGCGGCGGUGGUAGUGACGACGGAGGCCCCAGCACUGAGGGACCCAGCACCGAGGGACCCAGUGAGACCCCUCCUACAGACUCAACUACAGCUGAACCAGGUGUAGUGGGCACGAACCCUCCCGUUACAACUGAAGCCCCUCCCUCUGAAACAGAGGCCCCCUGUGAUUGCGAUGAGUGGGAUUAUCCUGGUGACUGUGGUACUGAUGGGUUUAUAUUCAGAUGGAGAACAUGCUACCCUUAUGAUUGCCUCCAAGAAGAUGAAUACGUGGCGUGCUAGCUGAUCCCUCCGCUUGCAAUCUAAAUAGUGAAUAUAACGCUCCGUUCGUGUUCACACCAAAGUUCACUCCACUGCAGUUUUUGAUGGGUUGCGUGGGUUCACUCCGCAAGCAAUCGGUGUGGGACUAUGUUCACAAGCAAUGUAAUUACAAAUAAAAUGGUUCUUUAUGUUAAGAUUUGGUGUUCUAUACUAUUAUAAUUGCUAUAUCGGAGAA